CCGGUCGGAACUGAGCUAUACUUCACAGCACACGACUCUUUCGCGUACAGCGACGACCCCCUCGCCUUGGCCCGCGACCAAGAAGUCGACAUCACGUCCCAGCUGAACCUUGGUGUCCGGCUCCUCCAGGCGCAGUCUCACGAGAAUGAUGGCGAGCUACACUUCUGCCAUACUAGUAACUCCCGUCAGCUCCUCUUCGACGGCGGCACCGUCGAGGACUACCUGAAGACCGUCAAGGCUUGGCUGGACGCCAACCCGAACGAAGUCCUCACCUUCGUCUUCACCAACCCCGAGGGCCUGUCCAUCAAGGACCAGUGGGACCCCGCCUUCCAGAACUCGGGCGUCGCCGACCUCGCGUACGUGCCGCCCAGCACGCCCGUCAAGCAGAGCGACUGGCCGACGCUCGGCGAGCUCAUCAGCUCGGGGAAGCGCGUGGUCGUGUUCAUGGACGCGGGCGCGGACGAUGGGUCGACGGUUCCGUAUAUCCUGUCGGAGUUCCCCAACGUUUGGGAGACCCCGUUCAGCGUGACCGACCCGAGCUUCCCGUGCUCGGUCGACCGCACCAGCGGGCCGCUCCCCAACGACGAGCACUUGUACAUGAUCAACCACUCGCUCAACAAGAACGUGCUUGACACGGGCAUCAUCGUGAGCGACCCUGCUGACGCGCCCACCACCAACGGUGUCUCUUCGAUCCUAGCGAACGCCUACGGGUGCACCCAGUUCGCGGACGGGCGCGCGCCGAACUUUCUCUUGCUGGACUUUGUGGACAAGGGCGAGCCGUUCAAGGCUGCUGACAUUCUGAACGGGUUCGCGUCGGCUUAG